AUGGGUCGAUCCGGUGGAUCCUUCUCUAGUGGAACCAAAUACAUACCGAGUAUAACCUACCAAACUCUCUUCGGAGGUGAGCCUAUUCACUAUCAUCGUGAACCCACCGACGGUUCGGUGGAGUGGCGAGUGAUCGAAGUGUGUAAAUCACCGGAUUGUCGAGCGUUGAUCACCAACUGCCAUUGUGGCUUCGUUUACCGAUUGGAUGCUAUCGAAAAUUGGAUCAAGAAAGAACAACCAACGUUGUUACAAGCUGGUGAUAACAAAUUACCAACGAGGAAUGGAGAUUGUAAGGACUGUAGUAAUACCUGUAGUAGAUGUCAUCAGAAGAAGAAGGAGGAUCGAGAGAAAUUACACGUUGAUAAAGGUAUAGAAAGGAAGCUGUGCCCUGCUCAUGCUAAGAUGGGUGAUCCGGCUAAACGAGAAGCUGAAGUUUUAGACGACUACCACAAAGCGGUGACCACCUUCGAACACCUCUGGAAGCACACCGAACAUGCCAACCUCAUUCGAGGACAAGGAGGGCAUGACGCCUUCGGCAUAUACCAAAAACAAGCCAACAGAGCUCUAGAUCUGAGCCAGCCUCGUCCCGAUGGGUCGGCUUUUAUCAAAGACUACCUAGAAAAACAACGUCCAGUGACACAACUCAAACAAGCUCAAAUCGCCAAGGUUGAACCGCACGAUCAUGAUAGCGCGGAAUACGUCACUCCUUUCGAUGACCUCCCGCCAGCUUCGGAUCCGGAUAUGAGGGAAGCUCUUGACAUUUUCAACGAUCUUUUUCCUCAGCUUGACUACUCGGAACUUCAAUAUAUAAGUGGACCUGGCGGAGUAAAUCCUAGUUCGGAUUCCGUCAACAAUACGAGUAGGGCUACUUCCCUCCCGCCUCAACAAUCCACACAUGCUCCGACUUUACCACGAUUCAGUAGCGAUCCAACCGAAGUACAUGACCUUUACGCUCCUGCCUUCUCGGCCAAUUAUGGUGAUAUCAGACCUCUAGGCUCCUCGCAUCUUCAACAGCCCAUUUCCGAUCCGGUCACUCGAGCGACUUCAGCUAGCCUCAUGGGCUAUCGAGAGUCAUUGCGAUCUUCAGAUGAUGACGAGGAAGAUGUCCCAAUGGACUGUGCCUUGGCUCAAAGAAAAUCCCCAGUAUACGACUCCUCCUUAAAUUGGGCAAAUAUGGACCUUGAGACGGAGCGAGAAUUCCGAAGACACCUUGGUGUCAGUCCUCCGAGGGAAAUGAGUGGCGAUAGCGGAAUACCCUCGAUCGAUAAUAUCAAUAUCGUUACUCCCGUCACUUACCCUGGAACAGUGGCUUCUGUCAGUCCUCCAGCUAUCGACUCGUUGCUCUACGAGUUCGAGGUAAAAACCGGCAUUCAGCGACUUGCCGGCAGCUUCAUGUCGAAGUAUCCCAAGUGGCAGCGAAACGUCUACAAACCGAUUUCCAUGGCCGAUCCCGAUUCCCGAACGCAACUUCCGGAUCAUCUGGAAGUCUCCGACGUCGAAUAUGCCCUUGAACGCUUGCCGAAAAUCCUGUACAAGGGAUUCUUCGAUACCGUGCCCACAGCGUACAUAUAUGAUGUUAACGCCGCUUGCAUCAAGCUGUUUGCUAAUCAUACACCAGCUCUCCCCAAGAAAGACGAUCCGUACAAUACCCCACUACCUCGGGCAGGUUCAAGAAGACAUUACUUUCAUACGGUCACUCUUCAUUUUGGGCAAUUCUGGAUCGAACGAGAUGGAAGACUGAUUGAACCAGAGAGAGUACAUCUCAGAUGGGUACACGAGUAUAUGAGCUGGGUAGUAUGUGAAGUACUCGAAGGUGAAGGGCAGCCGACGAGGAUCCUGAACCUGCUCGAAGCACGGGUCAAUCUCCUAUUGGACUUGAAAGACAGUCAAGGCUCAAGAAUGAUCCAUCGAGCGCGGAUCGACUGUGCUCAUCAAGGAUGUCCGUUGCACUGUGAAUAUACCAGGAUAUUCACCGGGGUUAUCGCAAUCGUAGUGGUCACAGCUGAACGAGCAUGUCUUCAGGCUUACAGAAGCCAACAAUGGGAAGAAUUGGACAAGAGAAGAAAAGUUUUCUAUAGAGCAAUGGAAGUAGCUGCUAAAUUGAUGGAUUGUAAUUCCGUCAACUUCUAUAGAAUUCUGGAACAGCUUGACCAACCGUAUAUCCCACCUGAGGAACGAGAGAAUAUGAUUAUUCGAUGUAAGAUCUAUGAUGGGAUCAUCGAAAAGAUAGAUCGACUCUAUUUUACUUUCGUAGAUUAUGGUGUAAUUCAGAAAGAACACGAUGAUAUAGAAAGGGAGUUUUUGAUGCGUGGUGGAAGAUAUUUUGGUUGGUCGACUAGAUAUGCACAACGAGAGCUCGACUUCGCCAAGAGCUGGAACGAAUUCAACGAGUAUAUCAAUGAUCCCAACAGACCGAUCGUGCCAUGCCAUGAGCUGUUCACUGUACCUAAAGAUGAGAUGGCUGAUAGUGCCGCACUGAAGAAUUGGGAAGCUCACGUUGGAAAAGAUUACUUGAAGGAUGUUGAUAUGCCUGUUAAGGAAAAUUACGAAGAUGAACUUGCAUUGAACGUUGGUACCAAAAGGUAA